AUUUACACACGACAAUACAACAAUCUCAACAAGUCACCUUCUAAGCUUAUGCGGAACUAAUCAAGUAGAUAACUCAUUCUGUGCACAUAUUUUACUUAAUCCCACACACAAAACUACAGAUUAAUCCAAGAUGUCUUCCGCAAAGCGAAGGAAAACAUCGCCUACCGCCGAGACCCACGAUGCUCGCGAUGAAUCUCACGAUUCCGCGACCCUCGAUGAAGGCACCGCUACCGAGUCUGCCCCGAAGACCUUCAAAGAACUGGGUAUCGUUGACCCUCUAGUUGAAGCAUGCGACUCCCUUGGAUACAAGCAUCCUACACCAAUCCAGGCGCAAUCGAUUCCUCUCGCCCUACAAAAUAGGGACCUUAUAGGCCUUGCCGAAACUGGUAGCGGAAAGACGGCUGCAUUUGUCCUACCCAUUCUACAAGCGCUACUCGACAAACCUUCACCUUUCUUCGGCCUUAUCCUAGCACCCACACGUGAAUUAGCAUCGCAAAUUGGCCAGUCGGUAGAAGCUUUAGGCGCCUCCAUAUCAGUACGAUGUGCUGUAAUCGUCGGUGGCUUGGAUAUGGUCCCCCAAUCCAUUGCCCUAUCCAAGAAACCCCACAUUGUCGUUGCUACACCAGGACGACUACUCGAUCACCUCGAAAAGACGAAGGGUUUCAAAUUAUCAAAUACGAAAUACCUGGUCAUUGAUGAAGCCGAUCGACUUUUAGAUAUGGACUUCGGUCCUAUACUUGACAAAUUGCUCAAGUUCCUCCCUAGGGAAAGGCGGACAUUCCUCUUCAGCGCCACGAUGUCGUCCAAGGUCGAAAGUUUGCAAAGAGCCAGUUUGCGAGACCCUCUGCGUGUCAGCAUCAGCUCCAACAAAUACCAAACUGUUUCCACCCUACAACAGUACUACGUAUUCAUACCACACAUGCACAAGGAUACAUACUUGAUUUUCUUUGUCGCUAGCGAGUUUGCGGGACGUUCCACCAUCAUUUUUACAAGAACAGUCUAUGAGACUCAGAGAGUAGCGAUUCUACUUCGAUUCCUAGGUUUUGGAGCCAUUCCUUUGCAUGGCCAAUUGUCACAAUCCGCCCGUCUAGGUGCACUCAACAAAUUCAAAGCUGGAACCCGCGACAUUUUAGUUGCUACCGACGUUGCCGCGCGAGGUUUGGAUAUACCAAGUGUCGAUGUUGUUCUCAACUAUGAUUUACCGCAAGACAGUAAAACAUAUGUGCAUCGGGUUGGACGAACAGCACGUGCAGGUAAAGCUGGCCAAGCCCUCAGUCUGGUAACACAAUAUGACAUUGAGAUUUACCAGAGAAUUGAGGCUGCGCUAGGUAAGAAGCUAGAUGAAUACGAAACUAGCAAAGAGGAAGUUAUGGUCUUCAAACCCCGAAUUGAGGAGGCCCAACGCCAUGCGCGUAACGAGAUGAAGAACCUACUUGAGGACCGUGGUAAGAAGGGUUCAGUAUUGAAAGGUCGUCAUGCCGAUAGGGGCGGGAAGAGGCGACACGAUGCGAUGGAUGCUGAGGAAGGUUAAGGACAUGAUGAAUGUAUAUGAAAUGAAAAGCCCUUAAAAACAUAGUAAAAAUGAGUUGGCGGAUUGCCAACCCAUAACAGAUACCCAGCAAUUCAGAGCUUAUUACCACCUAACUCGGGACGGUAUAACUUUUAAUGGAACUCAUCAGAUAGAUUCUAAAGCAUCAUAAAAUGGGACAAUAGCGGCAAAUGCGAGAAGUAAGCAUAAUCAAUGUCCCUAGGUAUAAAAGCAAUAACAACACAUAACGGCUAAAGCUAACUUAUAAGGAUUACUAUUAUGCGCAUCACUCUCUCUAUUCGGGAAUAAGUUGAGAGCUACCUAGCUCUCAUCCUUCCCGUCCGAAUAGAAUAAUAUGAUCUAAAAUAUAGAAGGGUUCCAUGUACC